AUGUGGGCCGUGCGAGCCGCCGUCCGCCCGGGGUCCUGGCUCUUUCGCGUGGCUCGCGGCUGCGGGGCUCCGAGGGCCGCGCCGCCGCUGUCGCCCUGCCCCGAGCGCGCGCUCGCCGCCUUCCGAGGGGGCCUGGGGUGUCCGGAGGGGCGAGGGGGUGGGGGGCGGGGACCACGUGCAGAUGGCCGGAGAAGUCGGACUGGAGGAAAGGAGGGUGAGGAGGAACCAGAAGCUGCGGAGGAGGAGGAAGAGGAGGAGGAGCUGCUGAGGAGGGACCCUUUGCUGCCGGCGGGGACCCAGCGCGUGUGCUUGGUUCACCCUGACGUCAAGUGGGGGCCCGGGAAGCCGCCGGGGACCCGAGCUGAGUGGCAGGUGGUGGAGGCACAGGCGCUGGUGCACACGCUGGAUGGCUGGUCGGUGGUGGACACGGUGGUGGUGCCCACCAAAACGCCAGACAGGAAGCUCGUCUUCGGCAGAGGGACCUUGGAGCGCCUGACAGAGAAAAUCAGAGGGUCCCCGGAAAUCACCGCCGUCUUCCUGAAUGUGGAGAGGAUGGCUGCACCCACCAAGAAAGAACUGGAAGCCGCCUGGGGUGUGCAGGUGUUCGACCGAUUCACGGUGGUUCUUCAUAUUUUCCGCUGCAACGCCCGCACCAAGGAGGCCCGGCUACAGGUGGCGCUGGCCGAGCUCCCCCUGCUCAGGUCCCACCUGAAAAACAACGUUGCCCACCUGGGUGGACGAGGACGGGACUCUCGCCACAUCAUGGGGUCAGGAGAGUCCUUCAUGCAGGUGCAAGAGCGCCUCCUGAAAGAUAAGGAAGCGAAGAUUCGAAAGGCCCUGGACAGACUCCGCCGGAAGAGGCUUCUCCUGGGGCAGCAGCGGAGGCGGCGGGAGUUCCCUGUGGUCUCCGUGGUUGGAUACACGAACUGCGGAAAGACCACGUUGAUCAAGGCCCUGACAGGGGACGCCGCCAUCCAGCCCCGGGACCAGCUGUUUGCCACGCUGGACGUCACAGCCCACGCGGGGUGGCUGCCCUCCCGGCUGACUGUCAUCUACAUGGACACCAUUGGCUUCCUCUCCCAGCUGCCCCACAGCCUGGUCGAGUCCUUCUCGGCCACCCUGGAGGACGUGGGCCAUUCGGAUCUGAUCGUCCACGUGCGAGACGUGAGCCACCCCGAGACAGAGCUGCAGAAGGCCAGCGUCCUGUCGGCCCUGCGGACCCUGCAGCUGCCGCGCCCGCUGCUGGACUGCAUGGUGGAAGUGCCCAACAAGGUGGACCUGGUGCCCGGGUACAUACCCGCCGAACCCGGCGCGGUGGCCGUGUCAGCGCUCCUGGGGCUCGGGCUGGAAGAGCUGAAAGCCAGGCUGGAGGAAGCAGUUCUGAAAGCCACGGGCAGACGGGUCCUCACGCUGCGAGUGGGGCUGGCGGGGCCGCAGCUGAGCUGGCUGCAUCAGGAGGCCACGGUGCAGGCGGUGGACGUGAGGCCUGAGGCCGGGGUGGCCGAUGUCAAGGUCAUCAUAAGCGACUCAGCUUACGGCAGGUUCAGGAAGCUCUUUCCAGGUUGAAAGGAAGCCCAAGGGUGGGGAUGCUCCCCGAGGAUUGGGGGGGGGCUCCCCGGGGGCCGGGGGGCUGCAACGUUCCCGCCUCAGAGAGAAGCGGGCUCCCUGUGUGGGCCCUACACCCCCGUGAGCCUGGCGGGAGGGCCGGUGGGGCUGGGAGCUGGCGUCGAUGGUGGCGCUCCGAGUGGUUCCUGUUGACCGUCGGGCGUCUGGAGAGCUGACGUCCCGUCCAGGGUGCUUGAGCCGUGAGACAGUAAAAGCUUUGCGUGUGUUCGUGAA